AGUCUUUAUGACGGUGCGUGUGUGUGUUGUGUUCAGGUACCAGGACUCAGGGUUGUCCCAGCAGGUUCUGCUGAGGUUCCAGCAGAUUGUGGACUCCCUGCAGGACUUCGGGGACGGCGUGAGGUCCGCCUGGAGCUCGCAGCUGGACUCAGACUGUGGAUUCAUCCUGGAGCAACCUCUUCUACAACACAACCAGCAAGGCAUGCUGGGAGUCAGCUGCAGCCACAAGCUGGAGUCGGUGCUGAGGCAGCUCCGGUACGUGAGCAGAGAGACGGACGUGGAGCUCCACCCGCACGCCGCUCGACUCUACACCUGCAGAGAUGACAUCACACAGAGCUACCUGGUCCUGAGUCACACCAUGUCCUGCUACAACCAGGUGGUGAGUGACGCGCUGCAGGAGGAGGUUCCUCUGACCCAGAACCAGCUGCAGGACCUGAACCGGACUCUGUCGGACCUGCAGACGACCACCUGGAGCUGUGAAGGUGUCCUGCAGCGGGUGGAGCAGCAGAGACGGAGGGUGAUGGUCCUCCACGCCGCAGUGAGCCAGGCCAGAGCCAACAUGGACGCCAUGACGCGGAUCAUACAGGGAUGGGCGGAGCUUCAGCUGCUGCAGCGAUCAGCUGACUCGCUGCUGGAGGGUGGAGCCACCGAGCAGAGCUGCCGACGAAUCAGAGACGAGGGACAGGCGCUGCUCCGGCUCACACAGGUGAACAGGGGUCUGUACGCGGCUGAAGAAUCCUCCGAGUCCUGGAUCAGAUAUCUGGACCACAUCGACGACAAAGUCCAGGACGGACUGUUGAAGCUGCUGCUGCGAUCGCUGCACUUCCUGUCUGACAACAUGAACCCAGAGAGCUGCAGCUCUGUGUUCCUGGCCGUCAGUCUGCAGCUGCAGGAAACAGGAAGUGUGUUUGAGCCGUCAGUGGGCGGCGGCCUCUCGGACCUCCUGACCAGCGUCAUCGCUGACACCUACACCGCCGCCAGCGGGGCGCCCAGGGUCUCUGGGGGUCGCCACGGCAACUACCAGGAGACCCUGCAGCAGAAUCCGGACCUCUCUGCGUUGGAACAGGAAGUGAUGCGUCGCCUGUUGCAGGUGCAGGAGGAGGCGGAUCUUCUGAAGGGGGGUCUGGACCGGUUCUCCUUCCUGUGGCAGAGCGAUCGGGCCGCCGUCAUGAAGGACUUCCUGAAGUACAGCCGGCAGCUGGGCCCCGAGGAGCUGGAGGCCGAGGAGGCCCCGCCCACCCUGAAGGACUUCCACAGAGAGAUCGAGUGUCUCUCCAGACUGAGGACAGAUGUGACUCAGCUAGAUGAUGUGGUGGUCCUUCACAGCUGGCUGCAGGUGGACCUGCGUCCCUUCAGAGACUCGCUGCUGUCUGUCCUCCACGAUUGGAGACACAUGUACACAACGUACCUGCUGAGUGCCGUCAGCGACAGUUUUCAUCAGGUGAUUCAGCAUGGCGAGGAAGAGUCCUCGUCUUCCUCCAGGUUCCCUCUGACUGAGACCGUCCUCCUGCUGGAAGCUGCAGGAGUCAAGCUGCCUGAACACCUGGCGGCUCAGCUACAGUGCUGACGACCUGCAGAGGAACCUUCCUCCGCUUCAUUCCCGAGAUGACUUCAUUUAUGAGACAAUUAAAAGUUGAGUAAAUCCUGACCUGUCGUCUGACUCGAGUCUGUAAAACCGGA